AUGCGUUUCGUCAGCAUUUUAAUUGCCGCUAUUCUUGGAGUAACUGCCCAAGCACAAUUCUUUGCGAACUCGUCGAUCGCAUCGGGAUCCUCUGUGGUUACCAAGGUUAAGACCAAUGCUGUCACAGUCUUCACCACUUACUGCCCAUCGCCUACAGUAUUUACAUCGUAUGGAGUGACAUACACAGUUUCCCAACCAACGACUCUCACUGUCACUGUUCCAAAAUCCACAACCACUCAAGCUGGAUCUGCUGCUUCUGUGAAAGUUACUCAGGUCUCAGUGGUUUCCAUUUUGACCACCUACUGCCCUGCGCCUACUACGAUAAUCACUAACGGUGCAUCAUAUACGGUCACCAAAGCUACCACGCUUACAAUCACUAACUGUCCAUGCACCGUGACCAAUGUGAUCGCCAAGUCUACUCCUCCUGCCUCGGGCACCGUUGUGACCACAUUCGUGCCAUCGCCCACCACCAUCACUACCUACGGGAACACUUACACCGUCACUGCUCCUACAACGCUAACAUUGACGUCCGGUACUACAACUCCCGUUAGCCUCAUAACUACGGUUGCUGUUUCCACUGGCUCCUCCGGUCCUGUGACAAAGACCGCUGUGAUUUCCUCAGGCUCUGCGGGUCCUGUCACCUCUGUGAUUUCCGGUUCAACCAAAACUGCUGCCGUCUCUACAUUCACAGGAGCUGCGAAUAAGGUUUCUGUGGGUGGUGCAGCUGGUUUCGCCGCAGUGUUAGCUUUGUUGAUCUGA